UCGGUGCAAAAAAUGUUUACGCUCUGAAUAAUUAUUAUAUUUUAUAGUUUUGUAAUUGCUAUAUGGCUUAGUUCUAGAAUAACAAAAUGUUUAAUUGCAAACAAAGUUUUGUGGAGAUUUCCCGUUUUGUGGGUGACGAUGUCCGUCAGCUAGUGGAUGUGGAUAGGUUUCAACAGAACUAUUCCGUUCCGAUGUCAUCCGUUGAAGAUUCGCCGGUUCAGCUGUUUGGAAUCGAAUUCUACUACAUGGACGAAGAGUUGCUACAGCAGUUGGUAAGGUCAGCUCGGGACACUAUCGGAAAGUUAGCAGUUGAUGAAGUUCGCCGUGAUUUGGGAGAUUCCGAGUGCGGAAGAAAAAGAUCCGAUGUCAAUAUGCUUUUCCGGGUGAUCCUUGGGCAGAUUGUGGAGUUCAACGAGAAAGAGUUGCUGGAUGCGAUUUUUACGCUGCAGGAUAGUUUACCGGACUUCAUCGGUGUCGUGGAAGAUGCUGGGAUGGUGAUGAUCAAGGAGUUGAGCUUGGUAAGCUACGAAUUCUUGCAUGCCGUGUUGGAUUGGCGGUGGUUGGGAUUGCUGCUAAACUUUGAAAUGCAGAAAGUUGGGAUGGCUUUGCCAGAGUAUGAAGGGCUAUAUCUCGACGUGCUCGUUAGUCUGGUUCGGCUUGCAUUGCUGAAAUAUAACAAAAUUGGAAAAGAUGAGUUACCAACCGAAAAUCAGUUCUACUGCCCUUGUACGAGGAAAAUGUGGAUAGCAAUGAUGACGUUGUCUGAAAGUGAAAGUAACAAGCUGGAUUUUUGGAAUUGUUUGCAAAAAGCUCUAGAAACGGUCCAGUUGGAGAAACAAGAAGUAUCCAGGAAGCAGAAUAAAAUGCACGGGCUUGCUUUGACAAAGGCGAAUGACUUCUUGUUCCAAACUUGGAUGAUGAGUGGAAUAGCAUCUCUAUAUCAAUAUCAUAUGUUGGAUAAUGUCAGCUUAAAGGAAACUCCCGUUAUUCGGAUUAGUGCGGAUUAUACAAUUUUGGAUAGAGCAAUUAAGGAAGUUAUACAAGGAGAAAAAUCAGAAGAGCAGCUGAGGGCUUUUCUAUUGCUGCUCAAGCCCAUUUACUGUCAAUGGUGGCCAAUAAAGCACGAUUUCCUGGUUACGCUGUGGGAUUACUUCAACAAGCGACUUAAUUCUCCAUUCCAAUUGCCAUCUGAAGCCCUGAGUAAGCUUGCUUGUAUAAAUCGAUCACCAACUGGAUUUAUCGAGCAAGCUAAUUACCGAGCUAGUCAAGAAGCAUUCAAUGCCCUCGAUUCGAAAAUAUCCAGCUACAAGUGUUAUUUAACUCUGAUCGCCUUUAUGCUGCGUCAUUAUUCUGAGAGUAACCAGAAAACAAAAGUACAGAUACUCUUCAACCGCACUAUUUUGAAAAUGGCUCCUGUAAAGCUGGACUCCAUGACCGAACAAGGUAUCUAUAACUUCUCGCUGUUGAUGCUCACUAUGAUGGAAGCAACUCCUUAUCAGGAUGACUAUCUUCGUUUAUCGAAACAGCUACUGCAGUUCAAGUUGGAUCAGCUGAGCCCCUCGGCGAUACUAGAUUCUACGAUUCGUCGCAUAACUACGAUAGUCUUGGUGAAUAUGGCACUCAUUAUAGCAUUCAAUCAGCGAGGUUACGAUAAGGCAAACCAUCUGCAACAGUUCCUGGAAAGUUUAGACGAAGCUUGUCGAAAGUAUGGGGACCGGUUGCAGCCCUCGUUGCACGUGCUUGCCGAAGGAAUGUGCGUCGUCUACGGCAGAGCCAUUUCCAAGGGAGAGUUUGAAAAAGGAGAAGAGAAAUUUGUUGGCGCUUGGCUGGGGAAGUACCUGAAUAGGUGUUCGGAAGGCGAAAGAGAUGCGGUGUUAGAUAUUUUCGCCCGCUUAUUUGAUUGUUUCCGGUCCAAACAGCUCUGUCGAGUCGAUAAUAACAGCGACGAUCUGCAACCAUUGUACGAGGUUGUACUCCCCUAUGUGAAGGAUGCAUUCAACCAACCAACGAACCCGUGCCUACUCAUUGCGGACCUUGCGGCCCAUUUCACUUUGUUCUCCACCGGGCAGUCAUAUGCUACGCCAUUCAUGGCCAUGUUUACCUACUUUGUAGAUAACGUCGGUGCCGACAUAAACCUGCGACUACAUUACAUCAAGCUCAUCGUAAAGAGUGAUCGUAUUGGUGAGAUAGAGGAAAAAUUGCUCGUGCGAAGUUGGUUGAAGUUUGCCCUGUUGAACGGUCGAGAACAGCUGCGUGAUCUUUCACAGGCAGUUAACAGAAUGAAGGAAUUCCGAUCGCUUUGUGAGAUUCCAGAAUAUGAUCUCUGUGAUGGAGACGAGGAGCCGAUAGGAUUGUUUUUCAAAUUCGUCGGGAAGAAGUACAGGGAAUUCGAAGGAAAGGACAACCGUGCGCAGUACGAUAUUACAAUCAAAUUGCAUGCAUUGUUUCAACAUUUCGACAAAUGGAUUACGAAUCCUAGUGUGGUUAUACUGAGGAGAGUGAUGACAGUACUAGCUCUUGCCCUGAAGGAAUGUGGAUCUGCCAUAUACAUCAAAAGCAAUCCGACGUGCUUGUAUCAUGUGGCGUUCAAUCAGUAUUUUCUGCCAAUAACCGUACUCACGGACCGGAACGUCUCUAACGAUGUAAUUCUGGCGAUGGGAAAAGUGUGGCAUCGGAUAAUGGAUGCUGUGGGACAAAUGAACUAUACAAGCGAUCCAGUAAUUAGCGACCACGUGACGAACAUGAUGGUGAAAUGGGCUCCUCAAUUUUCCAAAUUCAAAGACAAGAACGAUGCCGCCCGGCCGUUUGUUACAUUUUUCUCGUCACAUAAUGAGCCUUUUAUAACAUUCGCGUUCAACAGAUAUUUAUUCGCGUACGUUGAACUGCAGGGUGCCCUGCCCAAAGCAAACGCUGAAAGCGGUAUGAAAAUGCUCCUGUACCUCCUGGGAUGUUUACAGAGCACCCAGGACAACGGAAAGAUAGCACUUUUUAUUCGAUUGAAUGCCUCUACCAUCAUGGACCACGCGAUGAUAUGCCACGACAGUUUCCCGAGCAAAGUCAUCGCCUCCGAGCUCGUUUUCAACAUGCUUGAUUGCACCCACAACAACUCCAAUCUCAUUAAGUUGGAACUGAAAAACUGUCUGUCGUCGUUUACCAAGAAAAACCUCCCUAUGGAGACUGGCAGUUACUUCCGUUUUAUGUACAAUCUGGCCGACAGAAAUCCGGAAUUUAUAAAAUCAAUUAUAUCGACAAUUCGGUCGGAGCUUACGGAAACAGAGCGCUUGCGGGGUGGCGGUGAAGACAAACAUCUUCGUCGAUUGCUGUUGCAACUGGAAGGAGCCGUAGAAGCUAGUUUUGCCAAACAAAAAGUUUGAUUUUUUUUUGUAAAUGCAUGCGCCGUAAAAACAAAAAAGUCCGGGAUUUACCAAGUCACGCAAGAUUCCUGCUUCACUGAAAUUUUAUCAGCAAAACUCAUCAAGAGUAAAAGGUGCGUCAUGCCAAUCAAAACUUCAAAACUUCAGCAAAAGUUAUCAAACCUUCAAAGCUUA